UUCCCCGGCCCCACCCCUUAACUCGCUGUGGGGCCAGGCCAGGGGCAAGGGCAGUAGAUCAUGUGAGGGGCCAGGGGAAGAAGUGGGUUUAGUGACUGUGGGGCUAGCUGGGGAUCGGAUUAGGAAGCCGGUCUCUCUGCCAGCUCUGUGUGUGGCCCCCCGGCCUCCGGCAGGAAGUUUUCCGGCUAGGCGACCAGGAAGCUGUCUGAGAGCUGGGCUGAAGAUGGGGCGGCCGGUUCCCUGGGCCCUGGGUUUGCUCCUGUCGCUGCUGAUCCUAGCGGAGGCAGGGCGCAACUUCCGGCUGCUGAAGCAGCAGGUGCUGCGGGCGCGCGAGGUGCAGGCCAUGAAGGAGACGGUCUCCCGGAGACGGUUGCUGCGCCCGGCGCCCUGGCGCUCCCCCAGCGAGGGCUCCCUGCGCCAGCCCCUCGACCACUUCAAUCGGCAGCAGGGGCAGAUCUUCAACCAGAGGUUCUGGAUCAAUGAGGAGUUCUGGCACCGCCCGGCCGGGCCCGUCUUCCUGUACAUCGGGGGCGAGAGCUCCCUGUCGCAGGUCUCUGUGCUGGCGGGGCACCACAUGGAGAUGGCUCAGAAAUACGGCGCGCUGGCCGUGGCCCUGGAGCAUCGCUUCUACGGCGCCAGCAUCAACCCAGACGGCCUGCAGGACGCCAGCCUCCGGUUCCUGUCCAGCCAGCAGGCCCUGGCUGACCUGGCUUCCUUCCACCUCUUCGUCACUCAGAAGUAUAACCUGACACGGAACAACACCUGGAUUUGCUUCGGGGGCUCCUACCCCGGCUCCCUCGCCGCCUGGUUCAGGCUCAAGUUCCCCCACCUGGUCUUCGCCGCUGUCGCGUCCUCCGCCCCGGUGCGGGCCCAGCUGGACUUCACCGGCUACAACCAGGUGGUGGCGGCGAGUCUGUCGGACCCGGUGGUGGGGGGCUCUGCCCAGUGUCGCGAGGCCGUGGCCCAGGCCUUCUCCACCCUGGACCAGAGGCUGCACGCUGGGCGGCUGUCCGAGCUGGAGAAGGACUUCCGCUCCUGCGGGCCCCUGACGGAGCCCGACGACCGCGGGGAGCUCGCCAGCAACCUGGCCGACAUCUUCAUGGGCGCCGUGCAGUACAACAACGAGGGAUUCCAGGGCGGCACCGUAGCCAAACUCUGCGGCAUCAUGACCGACACGGGCCUGGGGUCCCCCUACCAGAAACUCAUCGCCGUCAAUAAUGGGUUCCUGGAGAGCAUGGCGCUGCCCUGCAUGGAGAACUCGCACCAACGCGCCCUGGCCGAGCUGCGCAGCGCCAACCUGACGCUCAGCGGCGUGGGCGAGCGGCAGUGGUACUUCCAGACCUGCACCGAGUUCGGAUACUACCAGACCUGCGAAGACGCCACCUGCCCCUUCUCCCGUCUCCUGACGCUGUCGGCCCAGCUCGACCUCUGCUCCCAGGUGUUUGGCAUCGGCCCUGAGCGCGUCGGGGAGGCAGUGACCUUCACCAACGAGUACUACGGGGCCGACCACCCCAAGGCCAGUAGGAUCCUCUUUGUGAAUGGCGACAUCGACCCCUGGCAUGCCCUGAGCGUCCUGAAGAACCAGUCGCGCUCGGAGCUGGCCAUCCUCAUCAACGGGACCUCCCACUGCGCCAACAUGAACCCCUCCAGGCCCACCGACCCCCUGCCCCUCGUCUUGGCCCGGGAGCGGAUCGACUACCACGUUGGCGAGUGGUUGAGCUUGGCAAGGAAGGCGCCUUCAGCCCCCUGAGUCUCCGGGCGUGAAGCCAUUCGCCCGCUGACGCUGCGCGGACUUCGCCCGCGGAGGGACGCGGCGAGAUCUUCCUUCCAGCAGAGAUUUACGUUGAUUGCCAGCUGGUCGGAACAGGGGCUAGCUUUCUGCUCGGCAUUCGUCCAGCAACCAGCGCAGCGGCGCCGCGAUGGGGGCUCCCCGCUGCUUCCGCUACACACAACAAAUCAUGAUCCGGGGACAAAGGGGGGGACUGAGAAAUCUGCUGUGCUGGGGCCAGCCAAACCCCUGGGAAUUUUCUGGGGACAGUUUCAUCUCCCUGCUGCGUUGGUUUGGAUCCUUUAAUUCUUUUAUCCAAUGAAAGAUGGGGUUUUUUUAGACGUU